GUUUCUCACGUGAGCUUUACUAUUAAUUUUCUUAACACCACAAUCAUAUUUGUUCAUCCCAUGCGUUUUUAUAUUCAUAUAAAAACAGUAUCAAUAUAUUGAACGAGUCCAUGUUCAUCUCAGGUGUAGUAAAUCUGUGUUUAACCGUUGUUUCUAGAGGGUCCUAUUUCAGAGUGGCACGUCACAAACCAGAAUGCGGAAACGCGUGAUUUUUGAAUGACUCAUGUUAUUUCCUCACGUGAACUUACUAAAUAAUUAGUUUUUAUGACUUCGACGGAUAUUAACAUAACAGAUAGGAUGCGGAGUUCCAAGCUGUUGACCCCGGUAAUGGUGGUCCAGCCUGGCAGAGUCCUGCUGGGCAUGAAGAAGCGAGGAUUCGGGGCUGGCAGGUGGAACGGUUUUGGGGGCAAAGUUCAAGAUGGAGAAACUAUUGAGGAAGCAGCAAGGAGAGAACUCCUUGAAGAAAGUGGCCUCACAGUGGAUGCUCUCGAAAAGGUGGGAAAUAUAAAGUUUGAAUUUGUCGGAGAGACGCAGCUGCUGGACGUUCAUAUUUUUAGAGCGGACUCCUACAACGGAGAACCAACUGAAACCGAAGAAAUGAGACCCCAGUGGUUCGACUGGGACAAAAUCCCUUACAGCCAAAUGUGGCCCGACGACUACAUGUGGUGCCCCAUGCUGCUGCAAAAGAAGAAGUUUUCUGGCUACAUGCUCUUCCAGGGCCAUGAUGUGAUCCUGAGCCACAAGCUGGAGGAGGUGGACGAGCUGUGAGGGGGAGGAGACGGUGAGCUGUGUGGGAGGAGUCACAUUGGGUGGCGCCGAUGUAAAUAUUUAUACUGUAGUGCAGGGGUCGGGAACAUUUUUGGCUGAGAGAGCCAUGAAAGCCAAAUAUUUCAAAAUGUAUUUCCGUGAAAGCCAUAUAGUAUUUUUUAACACUGAAUACAACUAAAUGCAUGCAUUUUUACGUAAGACCAACAUUUUUAGGGUAUAAUAAGUUGGGGCGGUAUAGCUCGGUUGGUAGAACGGCCGUGCCGGUAACUUGAGGGUUGCAGGUUCAAUCCCCGCUUCCACCAUCCUAGUCACUGCCGUUGUGUCCAUGGGCAAGACACUCUACCCACUUGCUCCCAGUGCCACCCACACUGGUUUAAAUGUAAAGAAUAGAUAUUGGGUUUCACUAUGUAAAGCACUUUGAGUCACUAGAGAAAAAGUGCUAUAUAAUUCACUUCUUAUUCUUUUUAAUAACAUUGUUAUUCUAAGGCUAACCAAUAAUAAAUAUAAUACUUCUUACCAUUAAUGCGACUUCUUGAACAGGUGCGAUAGAAAAUGAAUGGUUGGAUUAAAAUGCAUGAGAAUGUUUAAUAAUUUGAACGUUAUUUUUAACACUGUGAUUACCAGCGGAAUUAUUCAUGACUUAUCGUGUUAAGCAAUGUCAGCUAAGAUUUAUCUAAGAGCCAGAUGCAGUCAUCAAAAGAGCCACAUCUGGCUCUAGAGCCAUAGGUUCCCUACCCCUGCUAUAGUGUAAAACUAUAUUACUGAAUAUUUCUCUGUUAUUUUUUAUUUUUCUUGAAAUAUUACCAGCUCGAUUCAAAAUCUGCAGUGCAUUUUAUGUCACUAAGUUUAGAAAUGGAAUGCCGAGAGAUAGUCAUCGAGCUGAAGCACCAUGACUACAGCACUGAAAGUAAAAAGACAACCAUCGGUCUCUUAUAAAUAUCUCUGCAAUGUCUCCACGGUUUGAUUUAAAGUAUAGACCAGCAUGUACCAAUAGGUACGAAAAGUUAGUUUUGCAUAAUAGGGCCGCGGAUGUGAGCACUCUGAGGAAAAAAGAGGGGGGAAAAAAAUAUCAGCAGAGAGUGCUGCUACGCAAAACUCUUGAUAGAAAAUUCUGCAAAUAAAGACCACAUUUCCUGCAAUCGGGUGCAUUUCUACACUCUUUUUUACCUUCAGAUUCAUUAGUUUUUUAGCAGAUCAUGUACUAACAUUAUUAUCAAUCAAUCAAUCAAUGUUUACUUAUAUAGCCCUAAAUCACUAGUGUCUCAAAGGGCUGCACAAACCACUACCACAUCCUCGGUAGGCCCACAUAAGGGCAAGGAAAACUCACACCCAGUGGGACGUCGGUGACAAUGAUGACUAUGAGAACCUUGGAGAGGAGGAAAGCAAUGGAUGUAGAGCGGGUCUAACAUGAUACUGUAAAAGUUCAAUCCAUAAUGGAUCCAACACAGUCGCGAGAGUCCAGUCCAAAGCGGAUCCAACACAGCAGCGAGAGUCCCGUUCAUAGCGGAGCCAGCGGGAAACCAUCCCAAGCGGAGGCGGAUCAGCAGCGCAGAGAUGUCCCCAGCCGAUACACAGGCAAGCAGUACAUGGCCACCGGAUCGGACCGGAGAGUGGGACAUAGGAGAAAAAGAAAAGAAACGGCAGAUCAACUGGUCUAAAAAGGAGGUCUAUUUAAAGGCUAGAGUAUAAAAAUUAGUUUUAAGGUGAGACUUAAAUGCUUCUACUGAGGUAGCAUCUCGAACUGUUACCGGGAGGGCAUUCCAGAGUACUGGAGCCCGAAAUGAAAACGCUCUAUAGCCCGCAGACUUUUUUUGGGCUUUGGGAAUCACUAAUAAGCCAGAGUCCUUUGAACGCAGAUUUCUUGCCGGGACAUAUGGUACAAUACAAUCGGCAAGUACAACUGUAAUGUAAAAUUAUAUAACAUGAAUGCAAAGAUGUGGUCCUGGUGGCUUCAUCUGACCAAGAUCUUCAUCUCGCCGAGUGUGAAGCGACCGGAAUGAGAAUCAGCACCUCCAAGUCCGAGUCCAUGGUUCUCGCCCGGAAAAGGGUGGAGUUCCAUCUCCGGGUUGGGGAGGAGACCUUGCCCGAAGCGGAGUAGUUCAAGUACCUAGGAGUCUUGUUCACGAGUGGGGGAAAACUGGAUCGUGAUGUCGACAGGCUUAUCGGUGCGGCGUCUUCAGUAAUGCGGACGUUGUAUCAAUCCAUUGUGGUGAAGAAGGAGCCGAGCCGGAAGGCAAAGCUCUCAAUUUCUAUCCUCUCCUAUGGUCAUGAGCUUUGGGUUAUGACCGAAAGGACAAGAUCACGGGUACAAGCGGCCGAAAUGAGUUUGGGGCUCUCCCUUAGAGAUAGGGUGAGAAGCUCUGUCAUCCCGGAGAAACUCAAAGUAAAGCUGCUGCUCCUCCACAUGGAGAGGAGCCAGAUGAGGUGGUUCAGGCAUCUGGUCAGGAUGCCCCCAGAACUCCUCCCUAGGAAGGUGUUUAGGGCACGUCCAACCUGUAAGAGGCUACGGGGAAGACCCAGGACACGUUGGGAAGACUAUGUCUCCCGGCUGGCCUGGGAACGCCUCGGGAUCCCCCGGGAAGAGCUAGACGAAGUGGCUGGGGAGAGGGAAGUCUGGGAAGCCUCUGCUCCUCCGUAUGGAGAGGAGCCAGAUGAGGUGGUUUAGGCAUCUGCUCAGCAUGCCAUCCGAACGUCUCCUAAGGGAGGUGUUUCGGGCACGUCCGACCGGUAGGAGAAACCUUGGAGAGAACCAGAUAAGGAAUUGGUUUGUUAAGAGGAUUCGAUAAUGGGCUCAAACUCGAUAAUUUCAAUUAAGAAUUGAGUCCACUGUUGAUCAAUAGUUGCCAAUCCACAAGUAACAUUCCCCCUUGUGGCUGUGAGUAACGUAGAAUGGCAUUCAAAGAAUUUGAUUUGAUGCAGGUUCGGUGCUGUAAUAUCUGUUGUAUUCCAUUUAUUUUAAAAAUGGAAAACAUAAUUCUUGUUUGAGGGCAAAUCCAGCCAUAAUUUAGCUUUUACGUAACAAGCAAACACUAAUAACAUGCGGAAAAGUGGAUAUUCACACAAAAAUAGCAGUCAUUUUUAACUUUGUGCAUUUAUUAUUCAACAAAAUAUCAUAUAGAUAAGUCAAUCUUUUUUAUGCUUUACACAUUGUAGGACAGAAGCUGUGCAAUUGUGACCAAGUGUUCCUCUGUCUUCUCCAUAAGCUUUGUUUUUUCAAAAUGAAGAACAAUAGUGUUUUAUGGACUUCAUACAUCCUAUUGCACAUACAGAGACAGAGUGCCUUUCAAUGUGAGCGUGAAGUGCAAGUUUGAGACCAGGCACCUGGGAUUUAUUUAGCUUAUGAAACAAACCUG